CCUCAUUUUUUAAUUAUUCAACGCAUAAAAGUAGCAUAUCUCAGAGCAAUCACGCUAGACAAGUUUCGAAUUAACAUGCAAAUUCGCAUCCCUCUUGCAUUUUAUUUGAUCGCUUUGGUUUUAUGCAACCCUUUACCCGACAUCUUGAAGAGGUGCAGAAUAAAUGACACGGGUUGCCUAGCAUCAAGUGUUGAGUACGCCAUUGCCAAAAUGGGAAACGGUCUUCCGGAAUUGCAAAUGCCACCUAUUGAUCCGUUAUCCUUAGAAGACCUAGUGGUACAAGCAAGUGAUGGCCCCGUGAGCAUGUACCAAAACUACUCCAACACCAAAAUUAACCAUUUGACGAAAUUGACAGUGAACCAAUUCAAGAUAAAUUUGGAUCCAUGCGAGAUAAACUUAGAAACGUUUUAUCCCAGCCUGUUCUGUAGUGGUGACUUCUUUAUAAAAGGAGAACUGUUCGGUUUCGAUAUUAACGGAGGUGAAACAGCAAAUGGCACUUCGACGAAUACUACCAUCGGGGUCACUUUGACUUGUAAUAGAAAUAAAGACAAUGGCAAAGAGUAUAUAAAAGUAACGGACGUGAAAGUUUUAGUAAAUUGGGGAACCAUGGUACUACACUAUGGUAAUGUUUUCAAAGAUGACGAGCAACGCAAUCGAGAUCUGGAUAAAAAAGUAAACGAUAACUCGAAUGACAUUUUGGAAACUGCAAAAGGUGACUUUCAAGUUUUACUGGAAUCUUUAUUUGAAGAUUGGUCCAACAAGGUGUUCUCUAAGUAUGCUGUGAAUGAGAUUUUUGACAUCAGUUAACUUUAACUAUGCUUACUGUAGGUACUGAAAAUUGUAAAACAUAAGUUCGUUACAGUAUUUUUAAACUUCGUUGCACCCUCGUGCAUACAGUGGAAAUUAAUAAA